CUCGCUGAGGACUGCGGGUUCCUCCGGUCAUGUGAUUAGUUGGCUCGGCUGGUCCUGUUCUGUCGGACAUGGGCUGUUGUUACAGCGGAGAGACCGACACCGGCAAAGGGGAUCAGGGAGAGAGGGAACAUCUGCUGCCCCAAAACCAAUCUCUUCCCAACAAUAAACAGAAUGGAUCAGAACAGAACCCCACAAAUAACCCCUCGGCUCGCACUGAUGAACAGGCCAUGCUCUCCCGCAUAUUGGCCAAGACCGCGCAGAACAUUAUUGAUGUGUCAGCGGUGGAGUCACAGGGGAUGGAGCAGCACGAAUGUAUGGACAGAGCCCGGCAGUACAGCACGAGGCUGGCAAAACUCAGCAGCAAUUUGAUGGACUGGAAGAACGUGCCCCCCCUCCCCUCACUGACCUCUCAGCCGCACCAAAUACUCGCCAGUGACCCUGUUCCCUUUACAGACAUACAGCAGGUGUCUAAGAUCGCUGCUUACGCCUUCAGUGCGCUCUCACAGAUACGAGUGGAUGCAAAAGAGGAUUUAGUUGUACAGUUUGGGAUCCCGUAACCCCCGGAUGCACUUGUGCUUCUCUUGGACUCACGCAGCGUCGCCUCCAUCUUUAUUUAUCUUUAGAGAUUUCUUUAUAUAUUGUCUUAGCUCUGGACUCACUCACCCUCCUCCCCCCGCCACCUUGGUACAGUCCUGGAUGUCUGCACUGGCCAUUAGCAGCACUAUUUGCAGCACUAUUUGCCCAGACCUUACAGCUGUGACUAAUACGCCCCCUGCAGGUGAGUCCAUAUUAUUCCCACCAAUGCAAAUCUAGAUUUGUCACUUACAUUUAACUCUCUCUUUGUCACUGAAGGAUUGAGGGGCAGACUUGGCACAUUUGGGGGUCUGUGCUUCUGUACAACACGAGGCUCCCCUAUAGUAACAAUAACGUUCUGUUUCCUUAACCCUUCAUGGUCCCAAAUGCCCUGCCAGUACUUAGAGGAGGGAGUGAAUGUGGCAGUGCCCAAUUGUUGGCUCCUCAUACAGCAGAGGAUGUUAUUGCCCCUAGGUGGUGCCAUUACUAAGGGUUACCCUGGGGUGCCGCACACAUGAUCACACAAGGGGUAAUGCUAAUGGGUCGUGCGGGGGCAUCUGCGCAGAGAAAUGGGGGUGCCCUGACUCAUCCUACAAGGAAAAAGAUUUACUUUAAACAAACUCUAUUCGGUUUCUUUUUUAUAUAAAUUGUGGGAAAUCUCUGUAACAUUAAAAUUCUUACUUGUCUCAAA